CAAUGGGAACGCUCCCUCCGCAGGACGUGCCGCGGGGAUGCCUGGGAGGUGUAGUCCGCCUGGCUCUUUAAGGCUGAUGCGGCGUUGCUGGUGGGCGUUCCGCUGCUUCUCCUGCCCGGCGGCUCGCAGGUUUGGAUGCUGUGUCCACUCUCAAGGGCUCUUCCCUUCGGCUUCAGGCUGAGCUGGGCUUGGAAGGUCACAGGGUGCCGGAGAAUUUCCCAGCUGCGUGGAGCUAUGAGGCUGGUUCAGUUCCAGGCCAAGGGCUCAAGCCCCGAGCCCCGGAUUGGGCUGGAGGAACGAGAUGGAGGAGAUGUGGUGGACCUGAAUGCUUUCGACUCAUCCUUGCCCAGGACCAUGAGGGCAUUCCUGGAGGCAGGAGAGGCAGCCCUGGCAGUGGCCAGAAGAGCCCAGCAAUCUGGCUGUCCUUCUCUGCCCCGGUCCGAAGUGGCCCUCUUGGCUCCCAUCACCGGUCCGGAUAAAGUGAUCUGUGUCGGCAUGAAUUACGUGGACCAUUGCCUGGAGCAGAACGUCAAGAUCCCCAAGGAGCCGAUCAUCUUCAACAAGUUCCCCAGCUCCAUCGUGGGACCCUACGAUGCCAUCGUCCACCCAGCGGAGACCAAUGAAAUGGACUGGGAAGUUGAGCUGGCCUUUGUCAUUGGGAAGAAAGGCAAACACAUCCAGGAAUCUGCUGCGAUGGCUCACGUGGCUGGAUUCAUGGUGGGCCACGACGUGAGUUCCCGAGACUGGCAGAUGAAAAGGAACGGGAAGCAGUGGCUGUUAGGGAAGACCUUUGACACCUUUUGCCCGCUGGGCCCAGCUCUUGUGACCAAGGACUCCGUCUCAGAUCCUCACAAUUUGGGCAUCCGCUGCCGAGUGAACGGCGAACUCGUCCAGAACAGCAACACCAACCAGAUGAUCUUCAAAACGGAGGCUCUUGUUGCGUGGGUGUCCCGGUUUGCCACGUUGUACCCAGGAGAUGUCUUCCUGACUGGGACACCACCGGGGGUUGGAGUUUUCCGGAAGCCACCCACUUUCCUCAAGAAAGGUGACGAAGUACAGUGUGAAAUCGAUGAGCUGGGAACCAUCUGCAACAAGGUGAUGUGAAGGUUUUCCUGCGGCAGCCCCGGACAGACCCAUCGGCUGGAGUUUAAAAUGCACCAAGUGCCUUCCUCGAGUCUAAUCCAGAGGAGCAUAAAUAAGGAAGUUCUUAAAAUG